AUGGCUACGUUCUACUCGUAUUUGUUAGUGUUCUACUGCUUGAGUUUAGUUCAUGGUCAGUUACAGAUGGAAAUUAACAGGGAUUCGUCGACAGCAUGAAAAUGGAGAUUUACGCAAAAUUAAAGUUUGCGUAAACCUGCGUAAAGUUGGUCAUCCAACUUUACGCAAACUUUCCACGGCGCGUAAAGGUUUGUANAGGAUGAACGUUUCCCCUGAUAUUUCAAGUAGAUGAAUGUUACCAGGUUCAAGGUUCUUGCACGUUACUGAAUUUUGCCUUUUGAUUUGACGAUAGAGUAUCGUAUUUACUCUAACCUGAGAUCAGGCUCUAUUUUCAUUUCGCUUUGAAAAUAACAUUCCGGCGGGCAAGGAAAAACGAAAAGAGAGCCUGAUACAAACCUUCUACGAAACGUCUUCCGCCCACUUUUUGGAUUGAUUGACAUUUGCCGAAUCAGCCAACCAAAAUUGGUUCCGUUGCUUGUUUUUUUAGUAUGCAAUUUUUUUUCAUACGUGGGGAAAAAUACAGCCUCGCUGACUUAAAAAAUAGAUUUGGCUUUUAAUUUUUUCAACUAAAAAUAAAACGGUCAGCACAAUGACAUUUAACUUCUUGCGAGAUUAAACGAGAUCUCAAAAGCUUUUUCUGUUGGCGUAGAAGGUAAAACGUUUUCGAAAAGACGGCGACACGAUGUUCUAGUUUUAAUAUUUUGGCUAGGCGCGCUCAGGCGCGCUCGAAUUAUCUAUUUCUCUGUUGCCUUAAUAUUUUCCAUUGUACUAACAAUUAAUGGGGGCCGCACCAGUGCCUAAAUUUGUCCGAUCGCUUGCUUGUGAUUACCGUAAUGAUUCGAUUUAGCGCCCUCCUUCCAAUAAGCCCACCCUCUUCUUCGAAUGUGGUUUUGUUAAUAAGCGUCCCCAUUCUAAUAAUACAUAAGAGUACGGGUACGUACUUCAUUUAAUAGCACACAAACGAACGGUAAUGCCACAUUACAAAAACAGUGGUCUUAUCUCCUUGUGAGUGCAUAAAUUCUGCAAACGAAUGAUUUCUUCUUCAAAUUUUGUGGCGAUUGCUCGGCUGGUCGUUCUGGCGAGGAAGGAUCCAGGGACAACAUGUCAGUUUUCCAGUCUCCUUGAUCCAUUUACCUUGACUUGCACUUUGUUCUCACUGCGGGCCUUUUGAAGAAAGGUGAAUAUAAGGAAGGAAAUUUCCAUCGACACAUUCUCAACAGGUUUCAAGUCCCUUAAGUUGAACAUUUGGUUGUUUCUCAAAAUAGAAAUAAGCGUCCUGUCCCGAAUAAGCGUUCUAGCUCCUUUGAGGCACCAAAAGUAAAUAAGCGCCCUGGGCACUAAAUUGAAUCAUUACGGUAAGUCAAUUUUUUCUACUUGUCAGGCGCUUAAAACGUGGUUGGAGUUAUUGAGGGUAAUAUAGAAAUGAUCUGAAAAGAAACAAAAAUUAGUAUUACUUCAAGUUAGCAUGAGGUUCGAGUCAGUAGUGCCGGUUCGAGUUAUGGUAGUCGAUUGACUGCAUAUCCUUUUUAAACCAUUUUUCUCUUAUUGUGCGUUUUAGAAUAUUCCGUAUAUUCCGUGUUUUGUUUUAGAAUAUUCUGUAAAUUCAGUCUUUUAGUAUAUUCUGUACUAAGAAUAUUCCAUGCAUUCCGCCAUUCCGUUCCGCCAGUACGCCAUUCACCCAAUAGGAUCACCCGCGUACACUUGCAAUUUGCGAAUUUACUAGAGAAACAGACGUCUAAAAAAUAUAUAUUUUUUAUAAAUCCAGGCAAAUAUUAUCUGCCACUUUGGAAAAACGAUACGACACUUUUAAAACUGCAUGCCCAACUGACCUAUAAAUAAAACGAACAACAAUAUUACAAACACACUAUAUGUAGCUCUCCUUAGUUGUGUUGUUGUUUUACUGCAGGUCUAAAUCAAAAAGAAGAAGAUAUGAACAACCAUAUGAAUUUUCUGAAUUUCCAUGGCACAUAUUAAGGCAUAUUUUCCUACCAUAAGGCCAUAAAACAAUAAAAAAGACAGCAAAAUCGACCGUUCUCUCCGCCGACGGCAGAUCAUUGACGAAAACAACCACGCGAGGAGUAAGCGCUUUCAACUUCCGUCGAUUUCAACACCCAAUCAGACCCUCAGGCAUUGUUUCAACAGCCAAUCAACGUUGCGGCCAAAAUCUGGCCGCAGUGAGCACAAACGUGAGAGAGUUUGUAUCAGGCCCAAUUUUAGCGGUAGCUGUGAGAGAGAAAGUACGAGAACCGCUAAAAUUGAGCCGGAUAUCGGGUUAUAUUUAAUCGAAUAAGCGCUGCGGCGAUGUUUAAAUUUUUUACGCCUCAAGCUCGGCGCUUAUUUGAGGGCCGCGCAUAUUCGAGGGCGGAGUUUAUUUGAAAGUGGGACGAGACAAAGAACUGUUUUAACUACGGCAUUAUUAUUUUUUCCGUUUUUCUAUUAAUUAACAUAAUCAGGAGCCAUGACAUAAUUAACGUACGUGUGUAUUGAUUUUGAUUAUAUCAGGGCCUCGGCGCUUAUUCGGAGGCGGGGCGCUCAUUUACUCUUUUUCUUCCAAAAGCGGUGCUUAUUGAUUGGAGGAAGGCGUGUAAUCGGGGACAGCGCUUAAUCGGGUAAAUACCAUAGGCCUUCUACUGAAUCUGUACUGUGCGUAUGUCAUUAAGUUUGUCAAUUCUUUCAUACCUUCGGGUCGCACCCGCGAUUCAUUCGUUACUAAAAUAUAGAACUGGGAACGGGAAACGGGAAACAGCAGAUGUGAAUCGGGGGACGGGAAAUGUGAAACGAGCACAGGGAAUGGGGUAAUGAAAAUAGGAACCUAAAGAUUUUUGAAUUUUUGACAACAUUGUCUGGCACUCACUGUUCUUCCACCGCAGGGUGUGAUUUACUUUUCACCGACGAGACGGUACACUUGUCCAUAUCUUCUAUUUCUCCAAUCGGUGUUACUCAAAAGGCCAUCAACGUCCCUGCUAACAACACAUGUAGCUUUUACUUUGGGGAGAAACUCCAUGCACAAUACAUUGGUUGCGACGGAGACUGGAGGGAGAUCCCAUCAAACAGUGUAAAUGAGAGUUUAGAGGUUACUCCUGGUUGGAACACGAGCCAGCUGGAACUCCGGGUUGGUAUUUAAAGCGUGGAUGGCACUUGAGUUCCUCGCAGAACCCUCGUGAAGUGAGGUGUAGAAAUUUGUAGAAAUUUGCCUCGCGCGCGUGAAUCGUGUUUGGAUCAGAGAGCGAGAAUUGAACACCUUUUCACUAUAUUUCUAUCGGUUUGAUUGGUAUCCGCCGAUACUUAGCAACAAAAUUGCGACCAAACAAACCUAACCUGGUUGCUUUUGCCGUUUUAGCGGUUAGAAUUGCUUUCGACUAUGAAUUUCGAAUAAAUCGUUUUUAACCACUAGCUUCAAAACACAGGCCAAAACCAAGGUUUUGAGAGAACAGGGAUCCCUGGUUCGAAACCUGGCCAUGGAGGGGUCGUUGAUUGAUUGCCUUUACUACGAUCAAUUUUCAAACCCACUAAAAGGUGGUUGUAUAUACGGAACAAGCAGCCUAACAGGUUUCCUGUACAAACUAGCAAGUCAAAUGUCCCAUUUCUUUUUCCCUUUAGACGAAAGGCAACGUUUCAUCUUUCCUUAACGAUAACCUUGGUCGAAACUUUAGAGUCAAAUUGCAAUACGAUAACCCUGUUACUACGACUGAAGGGAAGUUACAGUUUUAUAUCCAACGGUUUGAUUGCUCAAUUUAGAAGGACUAGAACACUUUAAUAGGAGCAAAUUCCAAUGCUAAAAAAAGACGUAGUUGUUUAAUAAAAUGGAAAAUCCACAGAAAACAACCCACUAUUUUUAUUUGCUGUACAAUGAUAGAAAACAUUCUGUUGUUUUACCUUACUAGACAAGAGAUACCGCUUCAUCUUUUCUUCGCAAGAACCCUGGUCGGAUCUUUAGAGUCGCAGUGCAAUGUCGCCAUCAACGUAAAAACGCUGUCGCCAAAAGCACCUGUGUUAUGUUUAAGGUUCCUGGCACAAUAUAUUGUAAGACAUUUUUUUUUUAGAUGGAGUUUUAAUAAGCUGAAAAGAUCAGAGGAGACAUUUACAAUCGGAAUGAAAAACAGGAAUGAAGAAAAAAAUACUUCCUCAAAAAAAAAGUUAAAUAAUCAAAUAAUAAUAAUAAGAAAACAAGAAAAGAUAAAAGGAAAAAAUAAUGAAAAUGAUAAUAGUAAUAAUAAUAAUGGUAAUGAUUCCUUCCUAUUACAAAAAAGGCUAUUUCAAGAUAGACGACGAGGAUUUUGAAUUAUGAGCUUUAUUUUCUUUUUUAAUUUCACAAUAGGUAAUUGGAGCACGAUCUUUCCGAUCAUGCAUACUUAACUGAAUCGUGAGCUUUCCUUCUACUCAGCAACCAAACAUUAUAAGUACCAAGAAUAUAACUGCCAAUUUCCUAAACAACUUGACUUUACUUUCUUAGCUUGCGUUGGCUUUUCAUUUUCACCACUAAGUUUAAGCAAAGUGAAUGCAGUCGGUGUUUUAAACUUAACUAUCAAAUAUCCACAUUUUUAGGCCCAAUUCCUCAACAGAAUUCGUCAAAGCCAUCUGCAACUUUACCACCUCCAACUUUGGAAAUAACCAGCACCACAGGAUUCCCACCUCGCCCAACCACUCUGGCAGAAAAGGUAACAACAUGCACACAAGCCGUAGUAACAACUGAGGUUUGGAAAGAAUAGUAGUUUCAUUCUCCUCGUGUAAGCUAUUCCGAAUUCCGAUAUAAUAUUGGAAGUUUUUGCUAAUAAAAUUCAGAAUCCUGGGCUUUAGAAUCGGCAACUCAGCUCACGGAAUCCGGAAUCCCGCUAAGCACAGAAAUCCAGAAUCCCAGUUUCAGUGACAAAGAAUCCGGAAUCCUGUACCUGGAAUCCAAUCCAAGACUAUCUUCGAAAAUCUUAUAUGAGGCAAUAAGCCAUUUCCGAGUUCACCCGGGCCUCUGUUUCAAAACGAGGGUAGCUGCUCAGCGUUUUAUAUGGAAAUCAUUUUUCAUUCUCAUGCAAAUAAAACUCUUUUUCACAAGAAAAGGUUGUGCAACUAGCCUCAUUUUGAAAGUCAGGGUUUUUGGAACUCGGAAGUGGCCUAUUCGAUACUCCCUCAAAUAUCUUACAAGCUAAGGUUCGGAAAUGUUUUCCAAAAGUUCGCGCGUGAUAAAUUUCCUGUUCCUUUUUGCGGGGAAGUAAGAAUUGUUUCCAACUGUCUUUUUGAGAGUUAUCACAUCUCUAAGAGAAGACGAGAGUGCACUGCAUGGUAGGGUAAUAAACAAUAGCCCCACCUUAUAUACUACCAAUUCGUUAAUGCUAAUUCUAAGGAAUUAAUAUACAAACGUAAUCGACUGGUUAAUUAAGUGAUUAAGUUAUAAGUGAAUAAGUAAUUAUUUGGACUUUUUGCUCUACAACUUGUUUAAUUAUUUUUUGUCUCUUAUCAGGAAACCACAUCUCGGAUUAAAGGUAGUACACAGCAAGAUCAGCUGGUCAUCUUGCCAUCUUAUCGGCUUUCAGUCUUUUAGCUUUUUAUAUUAGCCUUUCAAAACGUUAGCUUGUUAGUCACGCAGUCUGUCAGCCUGUUGGAUGAUCAACCUAUCAGCCUGUCAGAUUGUCUUUCUGUCUGCCUCUUAGUCUGUCAACCUGUAAUAGUUUGUCAGUUUAUCAGACUGUCAGGCAGUCAGCCUCCGUUUUAUCCUGACAAUCUGACAGCUUUUCAGCCUGUCAGUUUGUUAACCAAUCAGCUUUGUUAGUCUGUCAGCCUGUCGGCCUUCAAGCCUGUCAGCCUGCUAGAUUGUUCGCAAGUCAGCCUGUCUUCCUGUCAGCCUGUAAUAACUUGUCAGACUGUCAGGCAGUCAGCCUAUGUUUAUUCUGACAGUCUGUUACCUUGUUAGCCCGUCACAGUCUGUCAACCAGUCAGCUUUGUCAGGCUACCAACUUGUCGGUCUGUCAGCUCCUCAAUCUGUUAAAGAGCCAGCGUUUGAAACGUUAGUUGUUCCAGCUUUAUCAACUCAGUUGAUAUAAUAAAUUUUUACGUCAGCUUGUGAGCCUGUCAACCUGUCACCUUGACAGCUUGUCAGUCUCUUGGCUUCUCAGAAAGCAAAACAGUAGGCCAAUCAGCCUAUCAGCUUGUCGACUUAUGGUAGUCUGUGGAUAGCCUGUCAGUCUCUCAGUCAGUGGGCCAGAUUGUCAGUUUAUCAAACUGUUAGACAAAAGAGAUUUCCACUAUUAAUCAGUACUAUUCAGCCAUAUCAGCUUAUUACAACGUGGUAUGCACGGAAAUGAUUGGUGGCUCGGCCAGUUCUGAAUUUUCAGAUCCACACAUCGAUGCACACGUUAAGCACGCAAUUCUUUCCAACGUGAAGCAGUUUGGAAAUAACAAAUAAUUGUGUGUAUUAUAUAAAGUACCUAAGGUCCAACAAAUUAUGUGCAAUUUGGGAGAUAAGUUCUAACGGCCAUCUGGAAUAUACGGUUUACCGAAGACUUUUAAGAUCUCUAAUGUCAUUCGUUAACACCUUUAAACAUGAUGUAUUUGCUUACUAAACUGAAAUUAUGCCUCCUUUAAUUUCAACAGGUUAAUUGGACUUUGCGGUGACUAACGUAAUUCAGCCAACUUCUUAUCCACCUUUAAGGUGGAAUGAUCCUAGACAAAAGGAGAAACGGUGUAUGUCUUCCGACGCAAAGUCACUGCUCACCAAAUAUUCCUAUCGGGGCCGCUGUACAAACUACGCUGCAGCCAAAUCUAGAGAAAGACUUUAGCCUUUCACACUCACACAGUACGACUUCAGAUCACUUUCGUCGUACGUUUCGAGCUAAGAUCGACAUACUUACGAUGUAAUGCAUCAGGUCAUUUAACCAACAGAGGGCGCAGACAUGGGAAGUAAAAAUCAAGUGAUUUCCCAGGCGAUAAAUAAUGACCGGUCCUUAAGGCCUUUGCUGAAAUUGCUAACCUGUACAUUCAUGGAGAGUUUCGAAGAACAGGCAAAAAGUGCAUCAUACUACAAGCCAUGAUUCUGGAUCCCAUUAGCGUCCAUAUAUAGCGUCUUACAGCAUCUGACAACCAUCAACCUUGAAUCCCCCUCACCAUGGAGACGAAGAAUAACAACAAACUCACUUUCCUUCUGGACACACAGUUUUUAAGGCAACAGGACGAACACCUCUUUACCAGCUUAUAAAGGCAGCUAACGUAAUGCACUGAUGGGUCAUUGGCUUAGCCUGUGUUUUACACAACCAACUAUCAAUAACACGUAUUAUUGUUAAGUAUAUUUACCAGCCCCACCGACAUCUUGUAGCAGACGAUCUGUUAUCUCCAGGGAGAAAACAAAUAUCUUCCAAUCUGUCCUUGUUUCUAAUGCUACUCCUCUUUCUUUUUUUUUUUUGCAGAAAAUUUUAUUGCCGAAAUUAUGAAGCCAAGCAACAGUGCUUAACCUUCGACUGAGUUCAGAACCACUGCGGGUUUUACCGAAUGCCAGAGGUCUGCCAAGCAACUUCACCACUACCUACAACAGCAAGGCGUACGCAUUGCCUUCAAGUCGAAGACAACACUCAGCAAGACGUUUACCUAUUAAGCAAGACGGCUUAGUUUACAGGUUUCCCUUCGAUUUGGUGAAGUUUACAUUUGGGUGA